GUUUUCACUUCGACAAAAAAAAUCAAUUCUAAAAAUUUUAAUCCUCGCUAUCAAAAAUCUGUACAAAUCUGUAUUUUUUGCCAAAAAUCUGUAAUCUGCAUAUACAGAAUCUUGGUCACAAAUUUAUCUGAAAAAUCUGUAAAAUGCAGAUUAAUCUGUAUAUGUGGCAACCCUGUGUACAAUUUGUAGUAGUACACAGCAGUGAUGCCACUUUUCCAUGAGGUAGAGUCCGUAGAUGUGUACUCAAACUCAUAUAUUUUCAUAAAAUUAUUAUUAUGUCGUUUAUUUAACCCCGUGCGUAAACUUUGAAGAGUUAUUUCUGAAGUAUUGAAAUGAACCAGACGAAAAUCUCGCUAGCGCCAAGUCUUUCAGAAUCUUUCUUCAAAGUGAAGCUCGACUGAUGGAUCAUUGGCCGUUUUCAAAAAAAAACACGAUAUUCAAUUAUUUCCCGUAGAUAUCAGGAGAAAUAAUGCAAAAUCCGUAGAUUUCAAGAGGUUCAUCCGUAGAUCCGUAGAAAAGGCAAAAAACCGUAGAUCUACUGAUAAAUCCGUAGAGUUGGCAUCGCUGGACACAGUGAGUACAGUGUUUACAUUGCUACAGACCCUGUCAGCUUGGAGCGAAAUCAAUCUUCAGUUCAGCAACGCCAUCGCACGGUGUCACAUUCAACAUAUCACGUCAAUUGUAUGGGUGCGCAGUGCUGCUAUUUCGGCGCGCACGAAUUUGACAUUUCUCUUCCCUACUUCUGUGUACGAGAUUCGAUGCGAACUCGCCUGAGGGCGCCAUGCUCGCAAAAAAUGUUGUUGCCAAUGAUUUGUUCGGGAAAUGUGAGAGCUGGAUAUCUUGUUAAUAUGAUGUCUUUGAUUGCUACUAAUCAAUAAUCAUGGCAAAAAUACGAGACCUACCGGAGGAGAUACUAAUACUGAUCUUUAGCUUCUUGAAACUCCGCGACAGGAAAAAAGCCUCCCGCGUAUCGCGACUUUGGAAUCGAUUGGCCUUCACAGAUCGCCCUAUGAAAACAAUUUCGUUACAUGUAGUAGAUUAUUUAGAUUCAAAACAAAGAGGCAUACUUCUUAAAAGUAACAGAAACUAUCGUAAUCUAACGCUAGAGUGGACUGAGGCAUCCAAACUGCAAUAUUUUGCCGAUAUUUUGGAAAAGUUCGGCACCAACCUGUGCUCGUUAAAAUUAUCAACUUAUGUGGUAACACCAUUGAUCCUUAUCAGAUUCCUGUUGAAAACACCAAACCUGAACGAGCUAAUUAUUGAAGGUUGCUUUUGCAGUGAAGGAUGUAAUAUGCUAUUUCCGAACUUUAAAAACUUGCGGAUGCUAGAGUUGACUCAACGUGGUUUCGAAAACGAAGUAUGCGCGUUAAUACCACGUUUAUUCCCAAGUCUGACGUCAUUAGAUCUGGUCAUUGCCGAGGAUGCCGCUUUCGAGCUGAUACUAUUCUAUGGUAAACAGCUGAAGUGCCUUCACGUUCUCUUGGAAUUUUCACAUUUCCAGCAAUUUUGCAGCCUGGAUUGUUUGCAAAAUUUGCAGCGAGUUCAUGUCUACUGGCCACAACCGAGUGACUAUCGGACUUCCGUGGAUUGUUUUCAACAGAUGAAUUUACUUCAAAGUGCUUCUUUGACAGGGGCAUUAAAUGAUACCACCUUUGAACUUGUUUGCACCAGGUGGAAACUGUUGGAACAUCUGUGUGUCAACGUACAAUCUAUGGAAGCGGCAACGUUUCGGAACAUCAGCAAGCUACAAAAAUUGACUACGCUUAUGCUGCAGGGUUCGAUUCGGGAGAAUAACUUUAUAAAAGAUAUAAAGCUACCAAAAGUAAAGCAUUUAGUUCUAGAUGGGGUGUCGACGUCUUACGAUUUCUACGCGCAUUUGAAUCAUUUUGUUCCGGCUAUUGAAACUUUAAAAAUAUAUGAUCACACAUUUGAAAAUGCCCAUCUUCGUUUACUUUCAAAAACCUUAAUAAAUCUUAGAGUACUUUCAUUGGAUUACUGUUACCAGAUAAAGGAUGACGGUUUCCAGUUUUUAAAUUGUCUUACGAAGCUUUUAGAAUUGCGCUGUUGGGCGAUUCCGGUUUCGGAAAAUAGUUUUCUUAGUUUUCCUAGGUGUCCAAGUGUACGAACUCUAAGUGUUGGAGGAAGUGGAGGGAUUACAAAUAAAUCCUUACUAGAUGUCCCGAAUCGCUUCCCAAACUUGAGCGAGCUUUACAUCAUCGAUCUGAUCAAAGUGGACGAAGAUACUAUUUGUACUCUUCAAGAGCAAAUGAAAAAGUGUGCGAUUGUUAAAUUGCAGAAACCGGAACCAGAUCGCGAAACGGAGGCUGCGUGGAAAAAGUGCUGGUGACAGACUAAUUUUUCGGUCUAUGCUUUCUACUGUGAUAUAUCACUAGCAUGUCAUUCAUUCUAUAAACAUCAUUUUAGUCAAGAACGGCUCAACUUUUGCGCAAAAUUUCAGUGCUUAAGUAAAACGGUACUACUUUGGUAAAAAUAAACCCACAAUCAUAUCAAGGACAAUUUUUAGAAUGCCCGCCAUUCUGGAUAUUUUUUGUAUCCAAAUCAGAACGAUUGCGCUGCAAAAUAAUAAGCAAUAGUAAAAAGAAUAAUAGAUAAAAUGAGCUGUCUCGCUAUUAGAUAAUCAUAAUUUUCAAAAGCUUAUUUAUUAGUGUCGUCUAGAAUGUUUUAUCAUAAAAAAGGAUCAAAUUAAUUAUCGUAAUCCGAAUGUCCCAUCCAAUUAUGCCAGCAAAACGUUUCGAACAUCCAUUUUUUUUCUAUACACAGAUUUAUAUUUGAAGAAAGAACAUAUUGCUAACAACAGUGUUCAGCGGCUUAUGCAAAUUUAUUGAGAUGAUAGUUUUUAUAUGUUCAAAAUAAAUUACUGUGCUUUUUCGGAAAACACAUUCAAAAAAAAAUAUUGCAGUGCAUAGCUUCUGCGAAACUGUACCUUCCAUGAUUGGCAAACAUUCUGUUGCUGGAAGACGUCCCAGUGUGGAAACAUCCUGAAAAAAGCUCCCUCUCAGCAGGUGGUUCUUUUUUGUUGGUCGUUGAGCGCUUAUUGAACGACAUACUGCACGAAAUAUUCGUUCAGUUUGCUGGAACGGUUUGUGUUUUUUUCUCUUGCAAAAAUAGUGUGGAAUCUAGGUGUUACCAAAGAUAAAUAAUAAAGACAUGUAUGUGCUUACAAAUAUUUUAAAAAAAUCUGGUCCGUUCCGUUACUUUCUAAAAUGACCGCACUCACCGCUUGGUGGAGCGCGAGAUUAAUUGCAUUGUUAUCAUUUCGACCAAAGUGUGCCAUGAAAUCUCAAUUUAUACUAAUGAGUAGGGAUGUCGUAAUAUUGAUCGAUUAAUCGAGUAAUCGAUUAAUAACCCAGAUAAUCGAGUAAUAUUUAAUCGAAUAGCUUAAAACUAAUAUUCGAUUAUUGAGCUAAUCGAAUAAUUAAAAAAAAUCCCAUAGUAAUAAUCGAAUGAAUAAUCGAGUAAUCGAAUAAUAACCCAAAUAAUCGAAUAAAUUUUAACUAGUUUCAAAAUUAUACUCGAUUAUUGAAUAAUCGAGUAAUUCGAAAUUUCCGACAUCCCUACUAAUGAGCCAACGUAUCGAAAGGGUUCUCACGGUUUGACAUUUGCAUUAGGAAUACGAUGAUGCAGCGAUGCCAGGUCAUUUUUUCAAAAAUCUGUGAUCAAACCCAAAACCUGUCUGUGAAAAUCUGUGACCGUUUUCCAUACCCCAAUUAGGCUUUCUGACAGCUUACUUACAACCACAAAUGCAAAUGAGAUUGGUUUGUUUUGAACGAUUGAUCGGAUGUUCGUUGGACCAAUGAUCUAACGUAUUGAACCAAUGAAGGACCACCGUUGAACUUUUUUUCUAACAGGGGUAUCCCCAGCAAGCCGUUUUAGUUUUAUUUAUUCGAACAAUUCUACUGUCAAAUUUAGAACUGGAUACGAUGCCGUUCUAUUUUUUCUAUAUUUGAAACAGUGCUGUCAACUGUUUUUUUUUUUCCAAAAAUCUAUAUUUGGCGGAAAAAUC